UUGCCGUGACAUCAAAAGCUAGCUUGCGUUACUCGACUGGCUACCUCCACGUUUUGUUUGCGUCUUUCUACAGCGAAAGUUGUGUUGUAUAGCACACUGGAUUACUUAUACUACUAAUAUAAGGACAGGACAGGACAUGAGACGGGAGUAUAAAUUAACGUUGGCAUUGUUUAAUGCGUUUCAUAGGAAGAACAUUCCAAGCGUUUCAACGUACAGGUGCAGUAGAUGGUAUAGAGUAUGAUACUAGAAUAUCAAUACUCAACAAUAACAUUGGACAACAACUGCCGAUAAACAAAAACCAAAGGAGAACCAUCGAGCGACGGAUCAGAAUUCCGAAAAUUCAGAAUAUAUUUGUUAUAUUGAACCUUUAUUUAACUAGGCAAGUCAGCCAAUAUGAAGACUUCUUUGCCCUUCUGGUUGUGUACAAUGUCAAUGUACAUCAUCGGAAUAUCAUCAACAUCUAGUGAUACAGUUGUUCAACCCAUUGUGGCCUUAGUUGGUGAUGACGUCAUCCUGCCUUGUACCCUGAGACACACAGUCAGUGCUGUGCAUCAGUCAAUAGAGUGGCAGAGACCGGACCUAAAACCAAAAGAGGUCCAUCUUUACAGAGAUGAGAAGGACGAUCUUGUGCUCCAGAAUCCAGUCUUCAGGGGAAGGACCUCACUGUUUAAAGAAGAACUAGAGAAUGGCAACACUAGUUUAAAGUUGACCAGAGUGAAACUCUCUGAUGCUGGCAACUACACCUGUUACAUUCCACUGCUGGACCACCAGAAAACCAUCAUUCAACUCCUUGUUGGUGAGUCAACACACCUGCUGACCACCCAAACCCCCUUAAGAGACAGAUCUCAUGAAAUCAGGGGUGCUGUGUCCAGACCAGUUAUCAUCAUUGAGAGAAUGGAAGGCGAUGAGGUGGUCCUGCGGUGUGAGGCUGAAGGCUGCUACCCAGAGCCUGUCAUGGAGUGGUGUGACGCUCAGGGACGUGUCCUCCCUGCUGCUGGACCUACAGAGAUGUCCAGAGACCGUGAAGGCUGCUACACUGUGACAAGCCAUGUCAUCGUCCCGAAGUCUGACAACAACACCUUCACCUGUCGCGUUCAACAGUUGGAGAUCAAACACAUGAAGGAGAGACAGGUUCAUGUUCCAGAUCAGAUGUUUCCUAAGACGUGUCAUUCCUGCUGGCUGACAGUUCUUGGAGCAGUUCUUGUUGAAGCUGUAGCUGUAGCUGGAGGUCUCUACCUGUUGAUAAAAAAAAGGAUAUUGACCUUCAGAAAGGAGGCGUGGACGUCAUUAAUAAAGAACAAGGAGACGACGAAGAAUGAGGAAGAUGAGGCCAGUGUUCUCAGUCUGUCAUCGGUUUAAAUGUGAAAUGAUCUAUAAUAAUAGUAUUAUGUGCCAUUUAACAGACAUGUUUGGAUGGUCCCAGGAAUCAAACCCACUAUCCUGGAGUUACAAGGACCUUACCUAUGACUACAUUUCGUUGUAUCCAAUUGUUAGUAUUUACUAUCUUGUCUCAUCGCUACAUCUCCCGUACGGGCUCGGGAGAGACUAAGGUCGAAAGCCAUGCAUCCUCCGAAACA